AUGGAACAACAACUAAAAAUUGAUAAUGUCAAUGUCUUGAAUUCAAAAAUAGUGUCGGAGCAGUCUGCUGCUCCCCUACACCCUCCUAACACAGUACUCCAACCAAUCCUAUUCAUUGUGAAUCCGGAAAAUGUGCAUUCAGUAAUGGAGACAGUACAAAAAACGUUGAAUGGUGGAGGUGCUCUGGGAAUCUCAGCAGAAGCGUCGACGCAAGUACAGAUGCCUCCGUUUCUGGAGGAAGAGGAACCCAUGCCAAUGUUCGCUAACACUGCUGCGACCACUACCUCUUUUGCCACACAAUAUGAUCAGGAGCCUCCGGUGACAUUCUGUGAGCGAGGAACUAUGAUGAAUGAGCAGGAACCGUUGAACUACUUUAGUCCGCCGUAUGGAGCAGAGUUUGGUGAUAUGACACCGAGAGAUAAAAGCCAACAACAAUUCGACUACUCGACGAAUGGCGUCGAACCUACCUCCUCGUCUCAACAAACGCAGACGCGAAGUUUCGGAACGAUGUUUGAAAAUGUUACCACAUGCAAUACGGGCACCUCAAUGAUCGACGAGUCGUACGUUUCGGAAUUCCUACGGGACAUUGAGACGCAGACGCCGAGCUAUAUGAUUCAACAGCAGCAGACGUCUUCUGCUUCCACUUCUGCCAACACCACCACUGCUCCUCAACCUUCAACAUCGACAAACGAUUGGCCAUGGACCUGA